AUGAGCGACUUUAUGAAGAAGGAUAUUAUUUCACUACCACAGCGAAAUAGGAGACGAAUCAGUGCAAGAUAUUCAAGUGAUGAAGAUUACUCAGAUGAUGCUAAUGAAAGUAACAAUGAAGGUAGUGACGAUAUGGAAAAGGAUCGAGAAAAACUGUAUGGCAUCACAUUAGAAAAGAUUUACAAAUACGAAUACCUUGAUCACACAGCAGAUAUAAUUUUACAUAGUUAUGGAAACAAUUUAAUGGAGUGUUUUGAGUCUAUAUGUAUUUCCAUGUUUAAUUAUAUGUGUAAUUUAAAUAAAGUGGAAUUAAAAAUAAGAAAAAAAGUAAUUGUACAUGGUGAUAAUUUAGAUGAUUUACUUUUUAAAUUUUUAAAUGAAUUUCAUUUUUUAUAUGGAAGCGAAUAUUUUAUUUGUAAAAGGAUUGAUAUACUUACUUUUGAUACUAAGACUUUUUUUAUAAAAGCAGUUGGAUAUGGGGAAACAUUCUCUUCAUUCAAACAUGAAGGUGGUACAGAAAUAAAAGCAAUAACAAAACAUGAAUUGAAAAUUAUUUCAAAUGAGGAAGGUGAGUGCGAAAUUUUUGUUUUAGUCGACAUUUAA